GCAGACUUGGAGGAAAUUGAGAGACGCCGCUCAGCAGCAGCAGCAGCAGCAGUAGUCUGCGCAGUUUAGAGAGAAAACGGCACGGCCUCCUGUGCUGCACGGCAUGAGGGACUUCACCCAAACUGCGCACUGACUCCGCAGGAUGCACCGCUGCAGCUGCGUAGUUAGUUGAGGACACACUGGCACAAGCCCGUUCCGGACGUGUGCAAGAAUUUUAGAGAGGGGCCUAACUGGUUGCUGACCGCAGCUGCAACAUUUGGUUUCCCCACUGAGUGUUUAUCAUUCCUGGUCUCAGGAGAGCCCUGCGCUGUGGCCUUGUAGCGGACAUGGGAAAUGUAAACAGGAGUCGGGCUGGAUUUUAAACUACGCAGACGUCCCAAGUCCUCCUCCCGCCUCCUUCUCCUCCUCCUCCCGGGCCGUCCGAGACGGAGAUGGAGACGGAGAGGAUCGUGCCUGAGCAGGAGGGAGAGGCUGAACUGCCCAUGCACAACGUUCAUGGAACCAACCGGAUCAGACCAUCCUCCUACCGGGCCCUGCGCAGCGCUGUGUCCACCCUGGCCCGCCUAGAUGAUUUCAGCCGUGAGAAGAUCGGCGCGGGCUUCUUCUCCGAGGUGUUCAAGGUGCAGCACCGUGUGUCCGGUCAGGUGAUGGCUCUGAAGAUGAACAUCCUGGCCAGCAACAGGGCCAACAUGCUCAGGGAGGUCCAGCUCAUGAACCGACUAUCACACCCGAACAUACUCAGGUUUAUAGGAGUGUGUGUCCAUGAGGGGCAGCUGCAUGCUCUGACAGAGUACAUCAAUGGUGGAAACCUGGAGCAGCUGUUGGGCAGUGACGUGUACCUGUCAUGGAGUGUGCGACUCAGCCUCGCUCUGGAUAUCGCUCGAGGAUUGAAGUACCUGCACAGCAAGGGUAUCUUCCACAGAGACCUCACCUCCAAGAACUGCCUGGUACGCUGGGAAGGUGGCGCGUGCUCAGCCGUGGUGGGAGACUUUGGCCUGGCGGAGAAAAUACCAGAUUACAGUGAGGAAGAAGGGCAGGAGCCUCUGGCUGUGGUUGGCUCCCCCUACUGGAUGGCUCCGGAGGUGCUCAGAGGAGAAGUGUAUAAUGAAAAGGUGGAUGUGUUUGCAUACGGCAUCAUCUUGUGUGAGAUCAUUGCGAGGAUACAGGCUGAUCCCGACAUCCUUCCACGCACUGAGGAUUUUGGUCUGGAUGUGGAGGCCUUUCGGCAGAUGGUGGGAGACUGUCCGUCUCACUUCCUGAAUUUAGCCAUCGCCUGCUGUAAUAUGAACGCAAAACUCCGUCCGUCUUUCUCCCAAAUUGUAGCAGAGCUGGAAAAGAGACAAGCUGAGAGAAAACGGAAGGACGAACCAGCUGUCAAAGAAGCUCCUUCUCCAUCUGUUAGCCCUGUGCGAAGACGAUCCUUCUGCCUCCUGUCAGAUCAGCGUCUCUCCCGCAGCAAAUCCGACAUGCUCCAUCCUCCAGAGACGCCGCCUCCUGUUACCUUGGCACCUCCCGCUCGGGUCAACCCCUUUUCCCAGAGGGAGGACCUCAAAGGCGGGAAAAUAAAGCUGUUUGACACACCCAGCAAGUCGGUCAUCUCCCUGACCUUCACCCUGCCUCCCCCACCAGACUGUGAUGAUGCCACUGCGUCUGACCCUGAUGCUGUCGACAUGCCCAGGAGACACAGGCGCUGCCACUCGCUGCCUUGUACACCUCCUCCACACCUCACGUCAGCGCCAAAUACUGUCCUCUCUGAGGAGUCCCCGUCUGAGAUGGACGAUGCAAACAGUGAAGUAAAUGGAGCAACUGAGGAGGACAGUCUCCUAGAAGACAAGGAUACCUACAGGGCAGGUGAUUCAGGUCUUCCUUUGUCUCUUGAGGCCCUGUCAGUGAACAUGCUGGACCAAGAGAGAGGGGAGCAGCAGCAGGAGGAGGAGGAAGGGAGAGAGGAGGAACCAAUGGACUGCAGUAGCUCCCCAGACAUACAAGACUGCACUUCUUCUAACUCCAAACUUUCCUCUCCUCCCUCUCACUUCUCAUCUCCCUUACAACCAUCCACCCCUCCCUUCUCAAACGGCUGGGGGUCAGCCAUCUCUAACGGGCCUCCGUGCCUGCCGCCACUCUCCAAUUUGGUCAACAACAAUGUGGUUGUGAGCCGACCACUGGGCUGGAGUGCUGCCACCAACAGCUCUCCUGCAACCAACAAUAACGGCUAUCACUCGCCAACAGGCGACCCCAGUGGCCCUUCACCCUUUGGCUCCGGCAGUGGGCACUCUCUGGACCAGGAGGAAGUCAUCUCCUCCUGUCCCGGCUGCUGCCUGGCAGGCCUCCGCUUCCCCUCAAUGUGUCUGCGAGCUCCUCCACGCCGAAACCCUUACAAGAACUUGAACGGGGACCAUGCGGCCUCUCGUGGGCUCCUUUGUGCAGGACCCAAGGGCCUGCCACCCUCACCUACCCCCACAGCCACGACCACCAGCCUGGAGCCGGGACUCGCCUUGCCAAGGGCGCAGACAUAAACCCAGAGUCCUCAACACCAAAUGCAUGGAAACUAUGCACCAAAGGGUCACACUCUGGAAAUUAAGCAGGUCCUCUUAAAAUUUGCACAGAUUUUAACACAGCAAUAUUUCCGCUUAUUUUCCAGAUACACUUUUUGGUGCACGGGUGACUCUAAGUAUCCAGGUCGGUUUACAAAGAGACUCCAAAACGGGCUGACUGUCUCCAAUAAAGCUGUGGGACAAAAACUUUGCAGGCGUCGCCCUCUGCUGGACCGAGGGCGGUACAUCCUGUGACGUCAGCCGUGCCUGUAUAGAGCUGAUUGAUCGGCAGCAUCCAGAACUGAUCAGCAUGUAAACACUCCAGUUUGGGGUCCGGUUCAGUUGGAUCUUGAAUAUUUGCAGAUGUAAAGAUUGAUGAAUGAUGCUGGAAUCAGGAAUGUUAAAGCUUAAGUAUUAAUAUUGUUGCAAUGAUUUUCUGAUGUUCGGUGCUGAAUGAACAGGCAAGUUUUGCUUUGAUGUCUUUAAUUAUCAAGAGGUGUAUAAUGCUCUGCUGAGGUGUUUGUAAAGCGAAUGCAUGUUUGUGAUGGAUACAGUGUGAGAGGGUGUGUGUGUGUGUGUGUGUGUGUGUGUGUGCGCGCGCGCGCUGUACACUAUUCAGACUAAUUUUUUUUUUUGUUGCUGUAUGAUCUGUCAGUCCUUCUGAUUGCCUGGUUAAGAACUUCAGCUGUAUUGUUAAUAAUGAAACUGAACAUUCAUUCCCAAAUAUGAUAAAGACCUGCUUUAGAGAUGUACAGAUUCUUAUUAUUUAAACAUGGCAUUGAAUAAAAAGACAGAAUGCACUCAUGUC